AACUCCACACAUCAAGGAAGAGGAUGUUGUUGAGGUUUUCGUCAGCGCUUCAUCCUGGUUUCAGGCAGGCUGCCCGAACAAAAUAUCGGCGGAGGCUUAGUUCGGCUUCACGUUAUAAAAUACAGACAAUAAAGUUAGUUUAGUCCAGUUGUUUUAAUAAUGGAUCCCGUUUCUCUCGGUAUAUUCAAUUCUCGCGCUCGACUAUCACCAGCUCGGCUAACUAGCUAGCACAUUUGGCUACCUGCUAAUCAGAGCUGCAGUGAGGAAAGGAGCAAAUAAUUAACUUGUGUCUGAAAGAUUUAACAUCAGACUGAUAAGAGGGGCCGCUGGGAGUCAAUACUUCGAAGGAUUAUUGGUUUGAAACUUAUUUGUCAGUAGGCAUUAAGUAAGUAGGGACGCUUUGAUUAUUAAACAGGUUUGAACAGCUUCGUCAGGACAUGAAGCUCAAUGAUUGCUGGUGUGUAUGUACAUAUCAAUGGGUUAAUUUGGUUUCUCUUUGACAAAUUAUUACUUGUAUGCGUGGCAGCGUGUCACAUCACUUGGAAUAGGUCUGGGUGACAACGUGGAAAAGUAAACAGGUGUGACACAGCUGCUCCCAAGACUUUAUUUGCACUACAAGUCAUCCAUACUGUUAAAUCUUUAUGACUUGAAGUAACAGCAUUUCUUUCUUGCAAAACUGUUAAUUUCAGUUUUGUCUGCACUUACACAUAUCAUCUCACCUGCUGAAGAAACACAUGAAGUUGCAGAGGAACACAACAUUAACAUUAAAAUUGUAUGAUGAUGCUGUCUGUAAAGUGCAACAGUUAUUGGAUACCUCUUUGACAAAGCCAAAGCAGUGUUUUAACAUGACCUCAGAGGAGUACACUUUGACUAGGUCUCUGUUUGUUUGGUGUUCAUGAUGAUGCCAGGCGUUUGGUUAGUGGAGCUGGUAAUGAUGAGGUAUUGCUCACUGACGUACUGAGCGCUGUAGUUGUAUCGUGAUCUCAUUUCUUCAUUACAAUGCCAUCUGUACUAUUCUUAUUUGUGGUGCUUGGAGCGUCAUGUCACACUGGACUGGCUAUGACACGAGAGGAGAGACAAAAGCUGAGGAAUCAAGUGGUAGAGAUGUUUGACCAUGCAUAUCAGAAUUAUAUGGACCAUGCAUAUCCAGCAGAUGAGUUGAUGCCGCUAACAUGCAGAGGGAGAGUACGUGGUCUUGAACCAAGUCGAGGUGACAUAGACGAUGCACUGGGCAAGUUCUCUUUGACUCUCAUAGACACUCUGGAUACACUAGUGCUUUUGAACAAAACAACAGAAUUUGAAGCUGCAGUGAGGAGAGUCCUAUCAGAUGUGAGACUUGACAAUGACAUUGUGGUGUCAGUCUUUGAAACCAACAUUCGAGUGCUCGGAGGUCUGCUGGGGGGCCAUGCCAUGGCAGUGAUGCUGAAGGAGGGUGGUCAACACAUGCUGUGGUACCAGGAUGAGCUCCUGCAUAUGGCUAAAGACUUGGGCCUCCGUCUGCUGCCGGCCUUCAACACCAGCAGUGGCCUUCCUUACCCCAGGGUGAACUUGAAAUACGGUGUCAGAGGUCCAGAGACGAGAACAGGAACAGAAACGGACACGUGUACAGCAUGCGCAGGAACUAUCAUCCUGGAGUUUGCUGCCUUAAGUCGAUUCACUGGGGAUCCUGUUUUUGAGGCCCAUGCUAGGAGAGCCCUUGACUUUCUGUGGGAGAAGAGACAGCGGAACAGCAAUUUAGUCGGAACAACCAUUAACAUCCACUCUGGAGAGUGGGUCCGCAGAGACAGCGGAGUCGGAGCGGGAAUUGACUCCUACUAUGAAUACCUGCUGAAGGGCUACAUUCUCUUGGGAGAAGACCUGUUUCUACAGCGGUUCAAUAUUCACUAUGCAUCAAUCAUGAAGUACAUUAGCCAGCCUCCUCUGCUGCUAGAUGUCCACAUCCACAAACCUCUGCUUCCUGCUCGCACCUGGAUGGACUCCCUACUCGCCUUCUUUCCUGGACUGCAGGUAUUGAAGGGAGAUAUCCGCCCUGCUAUUGAAACACAUGAAAUGUUAUAUCAAGUUACCAAGAAACACAACUUCCUGCCAGAGGCCUUCACUACUGAUUUCAGGGUUCACUGGGCCCAACAUCCCCUGAGGCCUGAAUUUGCAGAGAGCACCUAUUUUCUUUACAAGGCCACUGGAGACCCGUACUACCUGGAAGCAGGACGCACUAUCCUUGACAACCUCAAUCGCUUUGCCCGUGUUCCCUGUGGAUUUGCUGCCAUGAAGGAUGUUCGCACGGGGAGUCACGAGGACCGAAUGGAUUCAUUCUUCCUCGCUGAGAUGUUUAAAUACUUGUUCCUGAUGUUUGCUGACUCGGAGGACCUGCCGUUUGAUGUGGAGGACUACAUCUUCACGACGGAGGCACACCUGCUGCCCCUGUCACUCUCCAUGACCCCUCGCUCCUCAGCUUUUCCCUUGAAUAGAAUGUCAGAAGAGGAGCUGGACGACUCGAACUUUGAUUGGAUCUGCCCCAACACCCGACUUAUGUUUCCUGACCCCGCCUUUCCUCGCAACCUGCGAGAACCGAUCCGUAGUGCUGUGGACAAGAGCUGCCCCCGACCUGCUCCGUACCGGGAGCCCGGAAUGGGCCGUCCUCCCCUCAGGGCUCAGGACUUCAUGGCAAACAAUCCUGAACAUCUGGAACUAUUAAGGAGGAUGGGGGUCAGCCUCAUCCACCUGAAAGAUGGCCGGGUGCAGCUGGUCCAGCAUGCUACGCAGGCGGUCAGCGCGGUGGCAGCAGAGGACGGCAUGCGCUUUAUGCAGGAGAUGAUGGAGCUAUCCAGCCAACAGCAGAAAGAACAGCUGCCUCCCAGGGCCAUUCAAAUCGUCUCGCAUCCGUUCUUUGGCAGAGUUGUGCUGACCGCUGGCCCAGCACAGUUUGGCACAGACCUCUCCAAAGGUUCCACAGGAGUACGAGGUUUUGUGACUGUCGCUGAACCCUACAGUGGCUGUGCUGAGCUCACCAAUGCCGAGUACGUCCAGGGCCACAUCGCCCUGCUGCAGAGGGGUCAGUGUAUGUUUGCAGAGAAAGCCCGACACAUUCAGAAGGCCGGUGCCAUUGGAGGAAUAGUCAUUGAUGACAACGAGGGCAGCAGCAGUGACAUCGCCCCCCUGUUUCAGAUGGCCGGUGAUGGUCGCAACACGGAUGAAAUCACCCUGCCUCUCCUCUUCCUCUUCCACAAGGAGGGCAACAUCCUGUUGGAGGCCCUAAAGGAAUACCGGGAGGUGGAGGUGCUGCUGAGCGACAAAGCCAGAGACAGAGCAGCCAUAUUCAAAGGGAAACCUCUCCCUGGCAGCCUGAUUGAGGGCAGUGUGGAUGUGCAGGAAGCAGCGGAGGAGGACUGCGUAAAGGAGAUGACUCCCACCUCCUUUGAAGCUUCUCCCCAAACACAAAGGAGCACAUCGAAGAUCAGCAGCUCAGCUCCUGAGGACGCCGGCCCAACACUGGAGGAAGGUGGACCUGCAGAAGAACACAUUAGUCCGACAGAGGACUUCAGCUUGCCCGAAGCAGACCAUUCUCAGCAGGCGGAGGUGGAUUUGACACGGCCUAAAGAGGACACAGACUCUGAGAAGAGAGAAGACGCUGAAGGAGACACAGACUCCAGCAGCCAAUCCGUGGACGAGCUCUUAGCUGAUUGGCGAGAAGACUUGGAGGCCUUCCGACAGAUGGAAAAGGAUGAACUCUGACAUCUGUCAGUCUGUGCCCGGCACGCGGUCUCACUUUGGGGAGAAAGCUGGACAUGUUCAUGAAUAUCAGCCAAAGUGAAAUCCUGAAAAACAGAACGGAAGCUUGUAUGAGUGGAGGAAAAGUCUAAGUUGGGCCUGAUUAAAAAUCAGCUGUGUUUUCAGCUUCUGGUCCGUGGAUCUCAUCCGAUGCCAGGGUGGCCUGCAGACUGAUCUUUGGACCAUGAGGAAGUUGGUUCAUUUUUUUCCUGGUUUAAUGUGCAAUGAGAGACCAGUUUUUUUUUUUUUUUUUUAACCUCACAUUCUCAUACAGUUUCUGUUUACUUCAUAACAAACCUUACAACUGGGCUGUAUGUACGGUACUUUAACAGUGUCUCUAUGCAUUUCUGAGUCUUUUCUUUCUUCCGAAUACCGUUAAAUGUCAAAUACAUAAUUUUAGACGAAAAAUACAUCGGCUGGUCGAUUUUUAUUUAAAUGUGAUAAUUAUACAUUUGCCGUCAUGUUCUGUGGACUGAUCAUAUGUACACAUUGAUAUCAACUGUAAUUUAUGGACUUUAUAGGUAAGAAUUAAUGAUGACAUCAAUCAAACGUAGGAUCUUUAUGAUUUUUUUAUGGACAACAAACUUAACACCAAACCUACUGUUUGUGGAGGAUAUAUGAAGUCAUCUGUCAGUGUAAAUACGGAGCAUCCAGAAAGUAUUCACAGCGCUUCACUUUUUCCACAUUUUAUUAUGUUACUUAUUCCAAAAUGGGUGAAAUUCAUUUUCCUCCUCAAAAUUCUACUCACAGAACCUCAUAA